AUGGACGUGUGGGGCCCGGCCCGUGUCCGUGGACAGGGUCAGGAGCGCUACUUCCUGCUAGUGGUUGACGACAACUCGCGUUACACCACAGUCUUCCCCUUGCGCAGCAAGGGUGAUGUCACUGGGGUGUUGAUCGACUGGAUCCGCGCAGCUCGUCUCCAGCUCAGGCAGAGCUUCGGCUCGAACUUUCCUCUUCUGCGUCUGCACUCUGACAGAGGCGAAGAGUUCUCUUCUAGCCUUUUACGAGCCUACCGUCCUACACGAGGCAUCUGCCAGACCUUCACGCUUCCGGACUCUCCACAGCAAAAUGGGAUUCCUGAGCGCCGCAUUGGCAUGGUCAUGGACGUCGCCCGUACGUCCAUGAUGCAUGCGGCUGCCCCCCAUUUUCUUUGGCCGUUUGCGGUCCAGUACGCGGCGCAUCAGAUCAACCUUCAGCCCAAGGUCUUCAUGCCGGAGACCUCCCCAGCCUUGCUGUGGACGCGAAAGGUUGGCGAUGCAUCUGCGUUCUGGUGGCAGUUCUACCACCCCACCUCUCGUCUUGUUCUGUCCUCCCAGGACGUCACGUUCGACGAGUCGGUCCCCUACUACCGUCUCUUCCCCUACCGCACUCCGUCCCUCUCCCCGCCACCGCUCUUCCUUGUGCUAGGUCCCCCCCCGGUAGACCCUCUCCCCCCUCAGGGUCCUGCCCCUUCAGGUGUGUCCCAGGUAGACGCUGUUGAGCCUAUCGAGCCUGGGGGUGAUGAGCCUGGGGGUGUUGAGCCCGGGGGUGCUGAGCCUGGGGGUGCUACACCUGGGGGUGCUACGCCUGGAGGUGCUAAGUCUCCAGGUGCUGAGCCUGAGGGAGCUGGGCCUCCUUGUGUGGCGUCCGGUGGUGCUGUGAUUGGCGGUUCUUCGGGUGCUUCGUCUCGCCGGGAGCCACUCUCUCCACAGGAGCAGCGUGAGUGGUUUGCCCGGCGCUGGAGGCAAGCUACUGGAGCUGGAGGUGCUGCGGGUACUGAAGGUUCUGUUGCUGCUGAUGAUACUGGUGCCGCGGGUCGCGGAGGUGCUCGUACUGGGAGUACUGGAGCUGCUGGGCCUGCGGGUACUUCUGGAGUUGGAGCUGCUGCGGGUGUUGGCGCGGAGGCUACUGCUGUCGCUCCUGGAGGCAGUCCUGCUGGGGGUGCUACUGGUGCUGCUGGAGGUACUAGAGCUGGAGAUGCUGCUGGUGCUGGUGCUGGCGCUGGGGGUACUGGUGCUGUCCCUGCUGUGUCUGGAGUCGCCGCGCGGCCUUGCCCGUACUUCCUUCCGCUCCUUCAGCAGCCGGCCUCUCUACUGCCUGCUCCUUCUCCCUACACUGGUCCUACUGGAGGUCUUGCUGAGCGUCGUGAGCCUGCGUCUCGCUCUGUGUCGCCUAUCCGUGCUGCUCGCACUAGUGGUCGCGGUUUGCAUGAGGGUCCUCCUCCUGUCUCUAGCACGCACCGGAUGUCUCUGCGUCCGUCCACAGCUCCUCUGCGUGCCCUUUUACCUUCUCCUUCUGAGUCUUUGCUUCUUGCUCUUGUCGACCCGGACUCGGACUCUCUUCGUGCUGCCAGUCCUACUGUCACGCGUCUCCUUGCUACUGUUGUCACUGACCCCUCCUUUGAGUCCACUGCUGCGUCUGCCCUAGUUGCUGAGCUCGUCGACUUUGCUGCUCGCUGUCGCCUAGACUACGCCGCCAGUCUUGUUGCUGAGUCUGAGUCUGUCAGUCCUCCGUCCAUCGAGGGUGAGUGUGCCCUUGGCACGGACGUCCUUGAGGACAGGCAGGAGGAGUUCCAGUGUCUGGCUGCUGCUUCACCUCAUCUCGUGUCCGCAGCUAUGGACGCAGAGAUGGCUUCCUGGAAGUCCACAGGCACCUACGUUUACGAGGUUCCCCCGCCUGGGGCGAACAUCGUCAGUGGUAUGUGGAUUUUCAAGGUGAAGCGGCCGCCGGGUUCUCCGCCUGUCUUCAAGGCGCGUUACGUGGCUCGUGGCUUCAGUCAGCGGCAGGGAGUUCACUACUUUAAGACCUUCUCUCCCACCCCGAAGAUGACCACUCUUCAAGUACUGCUGCACAUAGCUGCUCAGCGUGACUACGAGCUUCACUCUUUUGACUUCAGCACAGCUUUCUUGCCGGGUAGCCUUCACGAGGAGAUCUGGCUGCGCCGCCCACCUGGCUUCACUGGGUCUUUUUCUCCUGGCACCCAGUGGAGCCUCCGACGGCCAGUCUACGGUCUCCGCCAGGUACCGCGUGAGUGGCAUGUCACAAUGAGGACUACACUUGGGGCUCUUGGGUUUGCUCCUUCUACUGCCGACCCGUCGCUGUUUCUUCGCACCGACACUUCUUUGCCGCCAUUCUACAUCCUCGUGUACGUCGACGACUUGGUCUUUGCCACUGCUGACACUACCGGACUCGCCCACGUGAAGUCCGAGCUGCAGAAGAGACACACGUGCACAGACCUGGGUGAACCAUGCGCUACCUUGGCUUGCAGAUCACCCGGGACAAAGCACGCCGCACCAUUACCCUGA